AUGAAAGCAUUCCGUGCGCAAAUUCCACCGCAGUCUCGAGGGUGCGUAUCCGGGCGAACAACACCGUUGAACGAUUACGAGGGCGAUAUUCUCGAGGAAAAUCCGCAGUAUAAGAACAAGGCACCGCCACAUCCAGUCGUCCACAGAAGGACAAGUAUCGAAUGGGAGAAUUUUGAAGAGGCAAAAGCCUCAUCUGAAGGGACAGUUCCCAUGGAACCCGUAGCGAGGGCAGCCGAGGAGUCUUGUGACGGGCAGGGAAGAAAUCCAAGCAAUGUGACGAAACCUUCCGAAGAGGACGAGCCGAUGUUUUCUGAAGAUAUGUCUGAAGAACGCAGGCGAGCUCAAGCUGCGAAGUUUGCGGCCAAAGAAGAAGAGACCAAGCCCGUGGUCCAAGAAGAAGAGGCCAAUGUGGAUGAGCAUCAGGCUUCCAAUGGGCAACACUCAGCAGGUGAACCCGAAUCGGAGCUGGAGACUGCUGUCGCCCACGAAGAUGUCACACCUGCUCUUCCAAGUGAUCCCACAACUGCUGACACCACGGCAGCUUCCGAAGCAGCUCCUGAGGCAGCACAACCCACUGAAGCAUCCGAAGUGGAGAACCAAGAGGCCGCCUAUGAUCCAAAUGCUUAUCCAGGUUACAUUUGGAAUUAUGAGACGCAGCAAUGGGACGUGGACCCUAAUUACGACCCCACUCAACACCAAACAUCCGAGUAUGCCUAUCAGUAUGACGGCUAUAGUGCAACUACCCAAGGUGAUGGCUACACUUACCCAGAAGGUGGUUAUGAUCAAGCCUAUGGUCAAACGUAUGCCUACGAUCAGGCCGGCAGCUACACAAGCUCCACUUACCCUGUGGGAGCCGACGCAAGCCCCUACGACCAAGGCUCCAGUGGCUACCCUGGCUACGAUCAAACAACCUAUGCGUAUGACCAGCCAGGUUCACAAGCCGGGUACGACACCACGGCCGCGGGAUAUGAUCAGCAGUACACAGACGCUCAAGGAAAUGGCUACGUAGACACCUCAUACUACGGAUACAACCAGAACCCCGUGGAUUACAGUGAACCUCCUAUUGGGGAUCCGUCCGCGAACGAUUACGACACCAGCGCCACAACAACCGAUAUAAGCGCUGGAUACGGCUAUGACCAGCCUGGCUACAGUGACGUUUCCGCGACAGGAGCCGGUGCUACCACCUACGACUACAGUAGCGCUAGUUACGGUAGCAGUAGCGCAGCGCCGGAUGCGGCUGUAUACGCAUACGAUCAAGGCGGGACUGAGUACGGUACUUCAGCCGCAACAGCUGGCGCACCGACCGACUACUCGUCAUAUUCUCACGAUUACCCGGCAGACUACUCGAAUUACCAGUAUUCCACAGAACCAACGGCUCAAGAUUACUCUGGAAGUUCGCAGCCGGAAGCCGGCGCCAGUCAUCCGUACCCUACACAACAGCUUUACCAAAGUGUCUCCGAAAAGCCACAGCCACCUCCGUUCACUCAACCGCUGUUUCAAAGCGCUCCUACAUCAGAUCCAUUCGCAUGGGAUGCUGUUGCUCAUGAGCCCCAAGCCGGCGGCUCAACCGGUCAGAUAUCAGAGCAACACUCACCGUCCAGACCUCCUCCUCCGUCAAGGCCUGCACCACCUAAGCAUCCUCGAACUGGAGCGGGCGAUGAGCAAGUCGCUACCGCACAUCUCCCUCCACCACGACCUCCUCCUGCUUCUUCACCGUCUGCUCCUCCUCCGCGACCUGGUCCACCUUCGCCCAAACCUCCGACACCGAGAAAGGUUGAACCGGAACCGGAACCGGAAGAAGAUGCAUGGACGGCGUUCAAGAAACUCACAGAGAAGUCUGUGACUCGUCGCAGUGAAGUCAACAGAAGGCACAUUGAAAAGACACGACUGAGCGAAACGACCGCCGUGAAGGAUAUAAAAGACGAGAGCUAUCUAGGUCAAGUU